ACAGGCGGGCUUUCUGAUAAUAAUGGAAAACGUGGAGUCACGAAUUACUGAUAAAAAAUAUGUACUAGAUUCUCACUUAAAGCCUGAUGAGGCAGAGGAAGGAGAGGUCAACGAUUUGUCUGACCAAGAAGAUAAUGUCUCAGACUUUUCGAGUAACAGCGGUUCAUCAAAGUCUUACAACAACCCAUCACCAAAGCAUGGAGAUGAGAGCUGUACGUCAGAAAUGUCACAAAACGGGGGAUCAUCAGUUUCUACGCUAAAUAUACCAUCAGUACAUCAUAGCCGGUCCCAUAAAAGUAGACCUGUCAAAAUAACGGAUACUGCCAAUGUGUCAAAGAAAACAAAUACAAGUCCUGCUAAUACCAAAUCAGAAGUUCGUGGUCAAACUUCGUCUCAUGAAAACCAAACAACUAAGUUGCAGUCUAUAGUCAAUUGUGCUAGGGCUUCAGAUCCACAAAUAUUGUCGGAACAGGUUGAACCAUUUCAUACCUCAAUGUCUGUUAAGUCAACUAAACAUCUUCAGGGUCUACGGGACUUAGAAAAGGUGCAGCUACAGAUGCAACUAGAGGUUGCAACUAAUCAAAAUGAACAUAAUCAUACUUCUACUCCCUAUCCCAGUUCCUCUCAACAAGUACAUCAGAGUGUGUUUCCUGGUUUUGUCCCUGGUGGGACACCAAAACUAGCACAAAAUUCUGUGCAAAGGGUUGCUUCUGUUAAAGCUGUUUCCGAAAACAUUAACGGUGAUAAUCGUUUUGGUUUGUCCGGCUCUUGGCAGGUAGCCAUUCCUCCUUCAUCUGCAUUAGGUUCUCAACAAGAAAUUGAAAAGAUGCAUAUGAUGUAUCAGAAAGCCUGCCAACUUUAUCAGCGUGCUGUAGCUACUAUUGGAUCAACACCUAAUGUCAGCAUCCAACCCCCACCUUUCGGCACUCCUAUUGGUUCUCCUCCUUCAAUAUCUCUCCAAUCAUUUCCACCGACUCUGAUGCCUGUUACUGCCGUUGAACGUCCAGCAUCUGUGUCUCCGUCCAAAUUCAUCCCGGCGUCUCAACUUCCUCAUGACGUUCUCAGAGAUGUACCUAAUCAAUGCAUUGGUCAAAAUCCUCAUAUACCGGCAAUUAUUCCUAAUCACCCACAGUCAGCUAGUAUACAGACUGCUUAUUCGAUGGCGUAUUCUUCCGCCUAUCAAGAGACUUUGAAGUUUAUGUCUAAUAAUACCGGGAGUAACUUAGCCCCUAAUACACAGGAAUACACAUCUCAGUGGCAUCGCUAUUUUAAUCACUAUCUGAAUUAUUAUUUACAAGUUCAUAAUUAUACACCUACGCUAUCUAGUGAACAACAACCAGUUUUCUUCCCUCCCACUGGAUUACCACCUCCCCCUAGCAUUGCAUCCUCUUGUGCCAAUGAUCUAGUUUUUCAAUCUAAGCGAGAUUUUCAUAACCAUCAUGACUCUAAGCGCCUAUGUAUAUCGUCUAACGAGGGUCUUCAUCGUAUUUCUACUGUACUCCAUCCUGAACAUUCCAAUCGCUCUAGUUCCCCAUCUGAUUCAAAAAAUGUAAUAAACGAUGGAUCAAAAAGCGAUCUAUCCUCGUCAAAGUAUUUAUGGAUAAGCAAUCUCCCUCAAGGUGUUCGAGCAGUAGAUAUUAAAGAAAUGUGUGCACCAUACGGAAAAGUUCAAACAAUAAAAAUAGUAGGCAGUAAAAAGAGUAAACCCCCAUCUAUUUACGCUUAUCUCAUUAUGGAGACUUCGGAGGCCGCAGUCCGUCUUAUAAAAGCCUUACAAGGUGUGAAGUUCUCUGGAAAUGAAUUGAAGAUAAAACAAGUAUGUACUGUCUUAAAUUUAGUAUUUGAUUUAUCCCUUUUUCAACACUAAUGGAACAUUCAUGAAUUCAUUGGUUAUCUUGACCAAACCUAAUAAUCAGUAUUAUGAUUGAGUCCGUUUCAUAUCAGCGGCAAUUAUGGAAUUUCUAAUAGUCCUUCAAAUCUUUUAAAACCAAUACAAAGGAUUCUGUCAAAGUUGUGAAAACUAUUUACAAAUCUGAUUAUACAUUAAGCCAAUCGGGACUCAAUGAAAAUUUUUCUGAGAUUGUACUAUUUCAGAUAGUCGCUAAAUUCGGUCCUUAGUGAAUGUUCGAAUAUAUCUCAAAAAGAAAAGUUUGUGGUGUAAAGUUUCUGUUGAUAAAAAAACCUAUUGAAAGGGAAUUUUUCCAAUCUAUUCGUUAUUUUACUAAAUGUCUAAAAAGAAAUUUUAACUAUACUGAGAUCUGAGCAAUAGUUUGGGUUAAAGGUUCUUAAUGCAUAUUUGAACUACACCUCAAGGCUCAGUGAAGCGAAAAUAAAUGUUUAUUUUAUGAGUGUGCGGAAAGUAAUCUGCAUCAAAAGUAUAUUAGAAAUCUUUACUUCGAUUUGAAGUUCGAUAUAAUUGACUGACUCAAACGUUAUGCGCUAAAUCAAAUUGAUUCUCUAAAUUUAUAUAUUAAUGAAAUCUUUAAAAAAUAUCAAGAAAGUUGAUGCUAUUGAAGAACCUCCUGCUAACUUAAAGGAACGAUUUUUGAACCAUGUUAAGAUGAUGGUUUAUACAGGAAAAGUAAAACCUAAACAAACAGAUUCCAGAAAUAAAAUUCCCAUCUUGGUAUAUACGCAAUUUUUCCACUGUUAAUCUCAAUAAGAUUGAGUUAAAAGCGUUAUCAUUAGGGCCAAAGUUUUGUGACUUAAAAAACAGUUAAUAAAAUUGACGUUGAAAUUGAAAUUGAAAACCUUUAUGUCCAAACUGCAGUCAGUAAUUCCAUCAAAAGAUUAUUAUUUUAUUUUUAUUUUAACACAUAGAUAUUUGUACAAAGAGGCACCAAAUACAUAUGCGCCACACAAAUCUCAUUUGAUUUCUGUAAGGGCUGUGAUACUGCCCGGGUGCCCAAACCGAAGGAGGUGGUUUUCUUAGGGGGCCACACCCGGAGCCUUCGACCUGAAGGUCUGAUCCACAAAACAGUGGAGUAUCGUCAGGAGAUGCAGUCUUAUGGAAGCCGGUGACCAACGAUUGGUUCUAAGGCCAUUUGUUCCUUCAGGAUACUGCAGUCCAUGUGCACCAUUGGCUUGGAAUUAGGGUUUUCCAACUUCUCUAGGUGGACUCUCCAUGUCCACCAACCCGGUUAAAGCACCGGACAUUCGCUUUUCGUUCUCUAAAUUUCGUAAACAACACCCGUGGUGCGAGAAGGCAGUGAGUAGAGGCUAUAUACGCGUGGCCAUGUGAGAGCAUUUCGAGAGGGAGAGCGGACUCUCCCCACUCUCGGCCGUACCAGGGCAUUUGGGGGCGCCUAAAUGAUAAGCAUAAUUCGAAGAUGAUUUUGACAAAAAGUCACAAGCAAAGUUUACGGAAACAUGAAACUGACGUCAAGUCUUUGAUCACGAAUCCAGACAAAGGUCAUGGUUUAUUGCUAAUGGAUAAAAGCGACUGUUUGAACAGAGUGAAGGCCGUUUUAAAUGAUAAGAGUAAAUUUCCGAAACCGGUAAUUAAGAGUAGUACGGUAAACGGGAUUGAAAGACCUACAG